CCGCGCCCUCCGGUCUCGGGAAAUUAUACCCUCUCGAUAUAAUGUUGCCAGCGAAUUAUUUAAAAUGCGUCCGGCUUAAGUAAAUUAUGUCAUUGUUCCUACACGUUCAUUACAUAAAAGUUUUGAAAUGUAGAAACGAAAAAUUUCUCCGUGCUGACUUCAGAGGUGACAUUAAAAAUUCAUGUUGUCUCAUCGAUAAUGAGGAGGUUAUUUUCAUUAAUGAGAAAUUCGAAUGGCCGCUGGCCUGUCCGCUCCGGUAUGGGGAGACUCUCACUCUGGACCUGCUCAUCCGGUGUCGUUGGGGUCCGCCGCUCAUCAUCGGUUCCUUCAGCAUGUCCCUCGUGCCAGUGCUGCGAGAUGGCCAAGUUUCUGUCACUGAUACCAUGCUGGGUGAUCGCAACAGGCCCGUCCCAGUGUUUAUGGAUUUCGAUGUACACUACAACCCGCCUCCACAAUCUACACUAAUGAAUACUGAAGAGAUUGAUAAGGGCGGCAAGCCGGCCGGCCCGCGGAAACUUGAUCUGCCGUCUGUCCAUGGCCCCCGACCGGCCACCGCGCCCGGCCCCCACAGGCCUUCCACCUCCAAGCGCGGAGGCCAUGGACAGAGCCAGCCAGCCAGCCGCUCGCAAACCCCCGCGCAGAGCCGCGGCAUGACUGUCCACAGACAGUCCACAGUCAAGCAAUCGUCCCCGCAGAGCUCGCCGCAGAGUCAUGCAUACACUGUCGUGCAGACGUCUGCCCUGGUUCAUGGAUCGAGCCGGCAGACCUCCGACCAGAGCUCCGCGGCCACGUCCAGACACGGCUCCAUACAGAGCUCCCGAAGCUCGGGCCAGUCUGACGACGAUGAAAACGUUCUAGACAACCUGGAGAAGAAUAUCCAGAUGAUGGAAAUGUCGCUGAAGAACAAAGAAACGGUGAUAGACAUAGAGUCGGGAGAGGAUGAGCCUUCGCGAGCGAGGCGACUAAAGAUCGCUGGGAAGCGUAUUUUAAAACGCGGUUUCUCUUUGGGAGGAGAGAAGGUUGUGACCAUAUCGGAAGAUCAUAAGAAACGAACCUCCACUUUCAAGACGGUGAGGAGUUUCAUGCGAUUCGGAAGAUAUCGGCAGAGGGAUAGCAGUGGAGAUGAGGAGCAGGGGCUGAUAGAACUGCCGGGGACAUCUUCAGAGCAAGAAGGUCCUGUCAGUCAUACGUCAGUGUCUUCGGAAGACGCCAUUCUGGUUGAUACAAGGUCACCGACUUGCUCAUCGAAGUGCAAAAAGUUGCCGUUCGUGCUGGACUUUGCUGGCUCAUCGGCGCUGAAGGCGGCAGACUUUCAGGUCUGCGUGAGGAUCAUCGAGGCCAGACAGCUGGCCGGUCUGAACAUGGACCCCGUCGUGUGCGUCCAGGUGGGAGAAUUAAAGAAAUACACCAGCGUGAAGGAGAGCACCAACUGCCCUUAUUAUAAUGAGUACUUCGUGUUUGACUUCCACAUGCCUCCGGUCAUGCUCUUUGACAAGAUAAUCACGCUCUCGGUGCUUCAGUCGCGGAACAUUCUGCGUUCGAACAAGCUGCUGGGAAACUUCAAACUGGACGUCGCUACUGUAUGGAACCAACCAGAGCGUCAGUUCUACCACAAGUGGGCGCUGCUGACGGAUCCUGACGACAUGACGGCGGGGGCGAAGGGCUACCUCAAGUGUGACAUCAGUGUCAUCGGCAAAGGUGACACCAUCAAGAUACCACCCAAGAGCGAGAAGGACGAGGACGAUAUUGAAGCCAAUCUCCUGUUGCCUCAUGGUGUACCCAUCGAGCGCCAACGAGCGAGGUUCAUCAUCUGCGUGUACAAGGCUGAUGGGCUGCCCAAGAUGAACUACUCCAUCAUGGCCAAUGUGAAGAAGGCCUUUACGGGGGAGAGCCAGGACUCCGUGGACCCUUACGUCCAGAUCUCCUUCGCGGGAAUGACUGGUAGCACAUCAGUGAAGAAGAACAAUUGCGCGCCGAUGUGGAACGAGCAGAUAGUGUUCUCGGAGAUGUUCCCACCGCUGUGCCAGCGCAUCAAAGUCCAGCUGAGAGACAACGACCCUGUGCAUCCCAACAUCAUUGGAACACACUUCAUAGACCUGAAGACUAUAUCCCAUGAUGGAGAAAAAGGUUUCCUCCCUACUUUUGGACCAGCGUACAUAAACUUCUAUGGCUCAACUCGAGACUACAGUCUGAUCGAUCAACACUCAAGUCUCAACGUUGGCAUGGGGGAAGGGGUUGCUUAUCGUGCAAGGCUGCUGAUGUCGAUUCGGACAGAAAUAAUGGAUAUCGUAGAAAACCCGUCGACAGAAGUAGAAAUCGAGCCAACGCUGCCCGUGAACGAGACAGCGUUUGAGAAGAACGCAGAGUUCUUCCUCUUCUCUUGUAUAUUCGAGGCCAACAUGAUUGACAAGAGAUUGACAGACAAACAUCUACAGUUCGAGCUGAGUGUUGGGAACUGUGGGAACGCUGUGGAUGGGUACAGAGAGUCUGUGAGGAGACCACAGGAUUUGGCGGUUCCAGAACUAGAUGACCUAAGCGCCGAUUCAGGAUAUUGGCAAAGUCAAACUCAGCCUGCCAAGGCAUCAUCGGCAGACAAGACGUACUACUUCCUACCCUAUUGGGACACGAAGCCGUGUAUGCAUGUUCGCAGCAUAUUCCCAGACCACAGGCGUCGACUGUACAAUUCCAAUUUGAUAUCCAAAAUCAUCGAGCAUUUUGAAGAUGGCCUAGCAGAAACUCAAAUUUGCCUUGACUUGGAUGCGACAUCAAUCGACGCAGUUACCAAAUUGAAAUUGGUCUUGGAAUCUAUCAGUGCGGAGUGUGCCAAGUAUGUAAUAUAUAUGGGCAAAGCACCACCUCUCGGCUUCACGAAGCUCGAUAGAGAGAGACAGAAGCUAUGCAUUGCUGAAGUUGACAGCGUUAGCUCUAUGACGAGGCACCUGAAGGCUUUGAUAACAAAACACUCCAUAAAAGACCGUAUGCGAACAGCGUACACAUAUCUAAGAAAACUGAAGCAUUUAUGUGAAGAUCCCCAGCACUCUCUACCAGAUGUGUUUAUAUGGCUCAUCAGUAACGGCAAAAGAUUAGCUUACCAGAGAAUACCGGCUAGAGAUAUAAUGUACUCAGAGAACAGCGACGAAGCGGGUAAAUUUUGUGGAAAAAUGCAGACAUUGUUUUUGAAGUGGCCUGGCAAAAAAGCAUCUACGCCUAGCGGAUGGAGCAUCCCUGCGAAAAUAAGCAUCUAUUUGUGGAUGGGUCAUCUCAACGACAAAGUUCAUUACACAGAAGGCUUACCUCCGGGGUAUGAAGUGAACUUGGGAAUAAAAAGCGCUGAGAAGUCAAGGGUAUCGCCUCCUGCUUCUAUUUACUAUGCUGAAAAACAUACAUUCCAAAUGAGAGCCUACAUUUACCAAGCAAGAUCUUUAAUAGGUUCUGACUCGUCGGGAUUAUCAGAUCCAUUUGCGAGAGUCAUUAUUGGAGAAUGCACACAAACAACACAAGUUAUAGAUGAAACUCUUAGCCCAACAUGGGACGAACUGCUAGUUUUUGACGACAUUCUGCUUUAUAGCACUAUGGAGCAAAUAAAAAAAGAUCCACCGACUGUUGUAAUAGAAAUAUUUGAUCAAGAUAAAGUUGGGAAGUCAGAGUUUAUUGGCCGUACUCUAGCAAAGCCAUGUGUUAAGUCAUGUGAAGAUAUUUGUCAAGCCAACCAAUUACCACCAGCUCUCGAAUGGUUUGAUAUUUCGAGGGGUGACGAUCGAGCUGGGGAGCUACUAGCUGCAUUUGAACUUCUAGAGUUACCCGCUAAGAAGGAACCUGUAAUAUUACCAGACCUCCCAUCACCGAGAGAAAGUAACGGAAAACCACCCAUUGAUAUUCACAAAGGUCCAAUCCUACCGAUACCAAAGGGUAUACGACCGACAUUAUCGAAGUAUCGCAUCGAGGUAUUGUUUUGGGGAUUGAGGGAUUUGAAAAGGGUACAUUUCUUAACCGUUGAUAAGCCAAGAGUAGACAUUGAAUGCGCUGGGCAUAUAAUAUCUUCAUCUGUAAUACAAAAUGCCAAACGAAAUCCAAACUUCACUAAUCCGAUUAAAUAUAUUGAUGUGGAGUUGCCUGAUCAAGAUCUAUAUCGACCACCUUUAACGAUUCGGGUGGUUGAUUGCCGAAGCUUCGGAAGAGUUACGCUUGUAGGGACACAUACAAUUAGUUCCAUCAAAAAAUAUAUUUACACGCCGAAAAGUAGAAAGGAAAGAGAAAUGGAGGAACGAAAGAAAUCUUUAAUGCAACUGCAGGACGUCGAUAUACGCACCAAUUGUAUGAUACAGGAUGACACGACGUACUCAGUUGAGAACGAAAAAGAAAGUUGCCCUCUCUUACCCGUGGAACCCCAACCAUCGACUUCAUAUGGAACUGGCAUGAGACCAACGCGAAAAAAAUUUAUAAAGCAAGAUAGAGAAAGAAGAAGAAAAGUGAGUGAAGAUUCUGCACUCGAUGACGACGAAAGAAGCAAGGAUUGGUGGACCAAAUACUUUGCUUCGGUGGAAGCCAUGAUUGAAGAUGAGAAAGAGAAUAAACGUGAAAUACAAGGAAUUUUACAAGGUCACAGACAAGAGCCAACUGAGCCAACGCGUGAAGAAGCACAUUCACCGAGACCGGAACGCGAUCGAAAUAAGUGCAAAAGACCACCUACGUCACCUUCAAAGAUAGAUAGAAAACAAGCGAGUCCGACCGUUGGCAAGAAAAACCAAUUACCGAAAUCGUCAUUGACCAAGAUAUACCCACAUGAGCUCGAAGCGGUGCCAGAGUAUGAUGAAUUUAAGGAAUGGCUUCACUCCUUUGAACUAUAUCGUGGUAAGAAAACUGGCGAUGAUUCAGAAGACGAGAAGCGUGUAGUAGGGGUCUUUAAGGGAGCGAUUAAAGUCUACAAAUGGCCAUUACCAAAAGGAAUAGACGAUCAUACAGUGAUGGGAUUCGAUCCAAACUAUGGAUUUUUCCAAGGCGUUCCGAAUAACGAACCGAUACAUGUUUUAGUGCGAAUUUAUUUGGUGAAAGCUACAGAUCUACACCCAAUGGAUAUGAAUGGUAAAGCGGAUCCCUAUGUUGUCAUGCAUUUAGGUAACAAGAAGAUAACGGAUAAAGACAACUACGUAUCCAAACAACUUCAUCCAGUCUUUGGAAAGUGCUUCGAAAUAGAAGCUACUUUUCCGCAAGAUUCGAUGCUGACGAUACAAGUUUACGAUUGGGAUUUAGUUGGAACCGAUGAGCUUAUCGGGGAGACUAAAAUUGACCUUGAGAACCGUUUCUACAGUCGUCACAGAGCUUUAUGUGGACUUCCAAUGAAAUACGAAGAAAGGGGAUUUAACCGCUGGCGCGACGCUAUGAAGCCAACACAGAUCUUGGCAAAACUAUGCAAGGAGGGUAAAUUAGAACCUCCUAUGUAUGAAUACGGCCGCGUGCGAGUGGCCAGAAAAAUCUUCAACAUGCCAAUGGAGAACACGGAACUAUUCUCCAAUCCCGACACUUACCAAGAACAAAUGGCACUGCUGGUGCUUCGGCGCUGGCAUGAGGUGCCUCGUGUUGGCACCACAUUGGUGACCGAACACAUUGAAACAAGACCAUUAUACAAUCCAACCAAACCAGGAAUUGAACAAGGAAGGCUGCAGCUAUGGGUAGACAUGUUCCCAAUGGACAUGCCUUCCCCGGGUCCAUUUCUAGACAUAUCUCCUCGUAAGCCGAAGGCCUAUGAACUCAGAGUCAUUAUUUGGAACACCGACGAUGUUGUUUUAGAAGAUGACGCAUUUUUCACUGGGGAAAAAAUGUCCGAUAUCUAUGUGAAAGGGUGGCUGAAAGGUCCAGACGACUGUCAGUGCACCGACAUACAUUAUAGAUCCUUGACAGGGGAAGGCAACUUUAAUUGGCGAUUUAUCUACCGUUUUGACUAUUUGGAAGCCGAAGAACGAAUUGUAAUAACUCGCAAAGAAUCCGUGUUUUCAUGGGACGAAACAGAAUGUAAAAUUCCAGCACGAUUGGAAUUACAAGUUUGGGACGCUGAUCAUUUUUCUUCGGAUGAUUUCUUAGGGGCGGUAACUUUGGACUUAAAUCGCUUCCCUCGCGGUGCAAAAACAUCUAAAUUGUGCACUUUGACCAUGCUAAAGAACGAUGGCUCCGUACCGAUGAUAAACAUCUUCAAACAGAAGAGAGUCAAAGGCUGGUGGCCGUUCUACAUAAAGCGGGACACAGAGGAAAUGGAGCUGACAGGAAAGGUGGAAGCUGAAAUACAUCUUCUUACCCGUGACGAAGCAGACAAGGUUCCAGCAGGGAUGGGCCGCAGCGAACCCGAUCCGUUGGAAAAGCCCAACCGGCCGGACUCAUCAUUCAUGUGGUUCCUCAACCCCCUGAAGUCCAUGCGCUACAUCAUGUGGCACAACUACAAGUGGACGAUUGUGAGGACGUCUUGCGCUGUGGUCGUCCUCAUUGCGAUUCUGCUCCUCAUCUUCGCCUUCCCUGGUUACCUCGUCAAGAAACUCCUUGGCGUUUAGUUAUAUGACCUCUAAGACCCACUGUAGGGCAAGGUCUUUCACCUCCAUGGAGGAUAGGUGUUAGUUGACGCUCAAUGUUGGCAAACUUAUGCAGAUCUCAACCUUUAGAUGUAAACGCAGACAGAGAAGCGCAGGGAAGAUUUUAUUAAAGGACUCCAAAAUGAACUUCCAGGUAUUGAGAUAAAACGUGUGUAUGCUCGAACCGUCUCAAAAAUGUUAUGAAGAGCCUUGGAAAAGCGAACCCUGAUAAAAAUCUCUUCUGCUACACUUCUGUCUGCGCCAACCUCCGAUAAAGCCUCUACUAGUCUUUGUCGUACAUGUAUACCACUCACGUCUACGUGCUAUAUUAUAUCAUUGUAAAUUAAAAUUAUAUCUAUCUAUGUAAGGAAAAGAAUCUUUGAGAAACGGUUCUAUGUGAUCUUUUUGAAAUUAACUCUUGUGAAUAUAGUUAGACUAUAGUUCUAGUUGGCGCGAGGCUCGAUAUUCUUGAACAAGGUCUGAGCCCCUAGCCAAAACUUUUUCUUUAUCGCUUCUUUAUAGAAUCGCUGAUCAAAAUGUA